AGGCUUUGCAAAUUGCUUCUACCAAUUUUGUAUACGAACUGGGCAAAAUUUUGUUUCGCAACUUAAAUAUAUUUUUUAUUUUGUGAAAAUAAUAACAUAAUUAAUAAAUAAUAACAGUUAUUAUAUAUUUUUUAAAACACAAGAUUACUCAAAAGAUUAAACAAAAUCUUAAAGUAUAUCUACUUACUUGGUUUUUAUGGCCGGAAUUCAAAAAUACUCUGCACUAAAAUAUUCUGCAGAUGAAGAGCGGCAAUUGUCAGCUGGUCAUCUACCAUCGAGGAGGAUCAUAAGUGAUGAAACAUCCUCUGGAUUUCACUAUCUAGCACCAGGCGCAGGAGAACGUCCAGAUAUGUAUCAACUCGAUGAUCAAUAUUCAUUCAUUCAUUCGGAAGAUGAUGAGAAUAGUUUGAAUAAUCGGCAGCAUCACUCGAAAAAAGCCGAACGGGGCUCCGGUCUUCAAGAUAGUUUAUGUUCGCCGGUUGAUAACGAUACGAAAUACAGAUACAUAAACACAGAAAGAGAUUUAUCUCUAUCGCUGGAUAGACACACCGACUUUAGAAAUCUAUGCGAUACUCCUGAAGAUGAUUUGUCGGUGCGAAAGUAUUUGGCAGUGAGCGUUGGUGUUGCUAGUCUUAUAACCGAGAAUCUAUUGAGUCAUCCGUUUAUUGUACUUCGACGACAGUGUCAAGUAUUCCACGCAUCAGAAAAAUAUCAUCUUACUCCGAUAAGUCUUAUACCCAGCAUUAUAAAUCUCCAUAAGCGACAAGGUGUCACAACACUAUGGAAAGGAUUAGGGAGCUGCCUGCUGAUUCGUGGCAUGUCAAUGGGAGUAGAUGAUUUAUUAGGAAAACUUACAUCAUGGCCAAAGGAUGUUGACAGCCGAACAUCUGUAAAACGCUUCGGACAGCAUUUAAUUUUAAAAUGUGUUAGUAUUGCUGUUGUGAUGCCAUUCUAUGCAGCUUCCCUCGUUGAAACUGUUCAAAGUGAUAUUGCCAGCGAAAAACCUGGAAUAUUCGAUGUCUUCCGUGAGGGUGGACAGCGACUUUUGUCGUGGAGUUCUCCUCAAAAGGGAAGAAUGCUACCAGUUUGGGCCUUACUCGGUCCAAGUGUAUCUCUCGGCCUUACCAAAUAUGUUUUUAGCCUUUUUGUUCGAGGCAUAUCGAGUCAUAUUAUCCGCAGGAGCAUUCAAAAUUCCCAAGAACAAAAAGGAGCAAAACUCAAAGAUGAUUCGCUUAUAAGCCAAAAUGUCCAAAUCUAUUCGAAUCUUAUUUCAAUUUUGACAUCAGAAAUACUUUUCUAUCCAUUUGAAACGAUUCUACAUCGAUUGCAACUUCAAGGAACUCGAACUAUUGUUGAUAAUUUAGAUAGUGGAUAUUCUGUUGUGGCAAUUCUGACAAACUAUCAGGGUGCUAGAGAUUGUUAUAGGACAACAAUUGCAACAGAGGGUGUAUGUGGCUUAUAUAAGGGAUUCGGAGCAAUUGUAUUACAAUUUGCCGCGCACAUUGCUGUUAUUAAAAUAACCAAAUGGGUUGUUGGCCAAAUUACCGAAGUUAUAUCGAGUAAACCUCCACCCAAAGUCGUACAAUAUUAUAAUUUAGAUAGAGCGGCUGCUUCAAGUUCGACAACGAUUUCGCGAAGCCUUAGUUCAAGCAGUAAUAUUGCGGGAAGUGUCGAAAAUGUAGAAUAGAAUCGAGCUUUUAUUGUUUAAAUAAUAAAAUAAUAAACAAACUAAACUAUUUCAAAUAAAAUAAAAUAUAUUUCGCGUUGUGUAUAAGAAAAUAAUUCUAUAUCAUACAAAAAAUAUCUCGUUUCUUAGUUUAACUGUGAUAAUAUCAGACAAGAAAUACAACACUCAGUUUGACUUUAA